AUGGGUUUAGGGUUCGACAGUUAUAGUUAUGGCCGUGCACUUGGAAGGAAGAGGGUUGUUGUUUCCAAUAACCAUGAAUCUUCUUCUUCUUCUGGCGAUGAUGAACCGAUUCUGAUAGGGUCUUCGUUGAAGCGAAUGUGUAGCGGAAAAUUCAAUUUCAUUUCGGAGAAAUCUCGUCUUGAAGCCCUCCCUCAGGAUGUUCUGGUUAGGGUUUUGUGUGGUGUGGAUCAUGAUGAUUUGGAUCAAGUUUUUGAUGUUUCUACAACAAUUAGAGAAGCAUGUGUGAUUGCUAAGCAGAUGCAUUUUGAGUUCAGUACACCAAAGAAAAACUCUGUUGCUGCUGUUCGUUCACCGUUCGAUAUUGAAAAUGCUUCUGAUGAAACUGAAGCUCCAAAUGCACCAUUGAUGUUGAAGAAAUCUAAGUCAAGGUUGAGUACUAGGAAACUUGCUGAUAUAUCGGUUACAUUGUUUCCUUGA